AUGUAUCUUGUACUUUAUGCAUUGAACGAUAUUGACGAAUUCGCGGAAUCAUUAUGUUGGUCUCUUGCUGCUUGUGUAACUUGUACAAAGAUGACAAACUUUCUCUUAAGGGAAAAUGAUAUUAUGAGAAUGUUGAGUGUCUUAAAUGAAGAUUUCUUGAAAAUUAGGGACAAUAAUGAGCAACUGAUGCAGGACAAAAGUGAUUUUAUAGCUAGUUUUGCUGAUUUCGGCGAUGACUGUUUCAAGCAUACUGUACUAUGUCGACCACCUCAAACACUUCUUCCAACAUUUACUGGAUCUGGAAGGAAUACGAAAUACUUUUUCAUAAUAACUUCUGCGACGGUGGUGGCAAUGAUAUUCGGCGGAUUAGCAAUGGGAAAGGACAAUAUAACUCUACCACUAAAAGCAUCAUUUCCAUACGACCAUAAUCAAAACUUAGCAUUUUCCUUGACAUACUUCAGCCAAUCAGUGAGCCUCUAUUCCGCCGGUUUAAUUUCCGCGGCUUCGGAAACUUUUGUAAUGACAAUGCUAAUUCAAAUUUGCUCUCAACUUGACAUAAUAUGUUACCGUCUACAAAAUCUUUCCGAUUUCCAUCUAAACAAUAAAGCCAAAAUUUAUACCGGAACAAAAGAGGCUAACAUUAUUAAAGACUGCGUCAUACAUCAUAAUUACAUCUACAGUUUGUCGACAAAAAACGAAUUUAAUGACAAAGUUGUCGUUCAAAGUAUUGUUUUAACGAAUGUUUUAUUUCAAAUAUUUCUCUAUUGUCAUUUUGGAAAUGCAGUUAUGUUAAAGGUUGGUACUGGAAAUAUUAGCAGCCGUUAG